CACUGAUGAAGAUAUUUUCUCUGGAGUCUCCUUCUUUCUAACCCGGCUCUCCCGAUGUGAACCGAGCCGUCGUCCGCCCGCCGCCGCCGCCGCCGCCGCCGCCCGCCCCGCAGUCCACCAUGUCUCGCCGCAAGCAAGGCAAACCCCAGCACUUAAGCAAACGGGAAUUCUCGCCCGAACCUCUUGAAGCCAUUCUUACAGAUGAUGAACCAGACCACGGCCCUUUGGGAGCUCCAGAAGGGGACCAUGACCUCCUCACGUGUGGGCAGUGCCAGAUGAACUUCCCAUUGGGGGACAUUCUUAUUUUUAUCGAGCACAAACGGAAACAAUGCAAUGGCAGCCUCUGCUUAGAAAAAGCUGUGGAUAAGCCACCUUCCCCUUCACCAAUCGAGAUGAAAAAAGCAUCCAAUCCCGUGGAGGUUGGCAUCCAGGUCACGCCAGAGGAUGACGAUUGUUUAUCAACGUCAUCUAGAGGAAUUUGCCCCAAACAGGAACACAUAGCAGAUAAACUUCUGCACUGGAGGGGCCUCUCCUCCCCUCGUUCUACACACGGAGCUCUAAUCCCCACGCCCGGGAUGAGUGCAGAAUAUGCCCCGCAGGGUAUUUGUAAAGAUGAGCCCAGCAGCUACACAUGUACAACUUGCAAACAGCCAUUCACCAGUGCAUGGUUUCUCUUGCAACACGCACAGAACACUCAUGGAUUAAGAAUCUACUUAGAAAGCGAACACGGAAGUCCCCUGACCCCGCGGGUUGGUAUCCCUUCAGGACUAGGUGCAGAAUGUCCUUCCCAGCCACCUCUCCAUGGGAUUCAUAUUGCAGACAAUAACCCCUUUAACCUGCUAAGAAUACCAGGAUCAGUAUCCAGAGAGGCUUCCGGCCUGGCAGAAGGGCGCUUUCCACCCACUCCCCCCCUGUUUAGUCCACCACCGAGACAUCACUUGGACCCCCACCGCAUAGAGCGCCUGGGGGCGGAAGAGAUGGCCCUGGCCACCCAUCACCCGAGUGCCUUUGACAGGGUGCUGCGGUUGAAUCCAAUGGCUAUGGAGCCUCCCGCCAUGGAUUUCUCUAGGAGACUUAGAGAGCUGGCAGGGAACACGUCUAGCCCACCGCUGUCCCCAGGCCGGCCCAGCCCUAUGCAAAGGUUACUGCAACCAUUCCAGCCAGGUAGCAAGCCGCCCUUCCUGGCGACGCCCCCACUCCCUCCUCUGCAAUCCGCCCCUCCUCCCUCCCAGCCCCCGGUCAAGUCCAAGUCAUGUGAGUUCUGCGGCAAGACGUUCAAAUUUCAGAGCAACCUGGUGGUGCAUCGGCGCAGCCACACGGGCGAGAAGCCCUACAAGUGCAACCUGUGCGACCACGCAUGCACACAGGCCAGCAAGCUGAAGCGCCACAUGAAGACGCACAUGCACAAGUCGUCCCCCAUGACGGUCAAGUCCGACGACGGCCUCUCCACCGCCAGCUCCCCGGAACCCGGCACCAGCGACCUGGUGGGCAGCGCCAGCAGCGCGCUCAAGUCCGUGGUGGCCAAGUUCAAGAGCGAGAACGACCCCAACUUGAUCCCGGAGAAUGGGGACGAGGAGGAAGAGGAGGACGACGAGGAAGAGGAAGAAGAGGAGGAAGAGGAGGAGGAGGAGCUGACGGAGAGCGAGAGGGUGGACUACGGCUUCGGGCUGAGCCUGGAGGCGGCGCGCCACCACGAGAACAGCUCGCGGGGCGCGGUGGUGGGCGUGGGCGACGAGGGCCGUGCCCUGCCCGACGUCAUGCAGGGCAUGGUGCUCAGCUCCAUGCAGCACUUCAGCGAGGCCUUCCACCAGGUCCUGGGCGAGAAGCAUAAGCGCGGCCACCUGGCCGAGGCCGAGGGCCACAGGGACACAUGCGACGAAGACUCGGUGGCCGGCGAGUCGGACCGCAUAGACGAUGGCACUGUUAACGGCCGCGGCUGCUCCCCGGGAGAGUCGGCCUCGGGGGGCCUGUCCAAAAAGCUGCUGCUGGGCAGCCCCAGCUCGCUGAGCCCCUUCUCCAAGCGCAUCAAGCUCGAGAAGGAGUUCGACCUGCCCCCGGCCGCGAUGCCCAACACGGAGAAUGUGUACUCGCAGUGGCUCGCCGGCUACGCGGCCUCCAGGCAGCUCAAAGAUCCCUUCCUUAGCUUCGGAGACUCCAGACAAUCGCCUUUCGCCUCCUCGUCGGAGCACUCCUCGGAGAACGGAAGCUUGCGCUUCUCCACGCCGCCCGGGGAGCUGGACGGAGGGAUCUCGGGGCGCAGCGGCACGGGAAGUGGAGGGAGCACGCCCCAUAUUAGUGGUCCGGGCCCGGGCAGGCCCAGCUCAAAAGAGGGCAGACGCAGCGACACUUGUGAGUACUGUGGGAAAGUCUUCAAGAACUGUAGCAAUCUCACUGUCCACAGGAGAAGCCACACGGGCGAAAGGCCUUAUAAAUGCGAGCUGUGCAACUAUGCCUGUGCCCAGAGUAGCAAGCUCACCAGGCACAUGAAAACGCAUGGCCAGGUGGGGAAGGACGUUUACAAAUGUGAAAUUUGUAAGAUGCCUUUUAGCGUGUACAGUACCCUGGAGAAACACAUGAAAAAAUGGCACAGUGAUCGAGUGUUGAAUAAUGAUAUAAAAACUGAAUAGAGGUAUAUUAAUACCCCUCCCUCACUCCCACCUGCCACAUCCUUUUUUCAUCACCCUCCCCUUUCCCCAUCGCCCUCCAGCCCCACACCCUGUAGGAUUUUUUUCUAGUCCCAUGUGAUUUAAACAUACAAACAAACAAACAGAAGUAACGGAAGCUAAG